UGUUUCAUGGAAAAGAAAAAACAUGGAGAUGCUUACAACUCUUCCUCCCUCUUCCCAUUUUUUCUUUUUGUAUAAAUACGCAUGCGUUCCUUGUUGAGAUGGCAAAUCCACAACGCAUUUUGAUCUCUCUCUCUCUCUAAGUCUUGGAUCAUAAAGAAUUCAAUGUCGUCAUCGAACUACAAGCUCCAUAACACUGAUUCUGUUGGAAAUGGUGAUGCAAACAGUAACCCAGAAACAGGUUUCAAUGAUUUGGGCCUGGUUGCACUAGCUCAAUCAGGGAGAGAUGUACAGGAGCUUCUUAGUCAACAACAGACUCCUCCUAUCCAGGCUACCGAUGAUCAUCAUCUCAUUGAGUUCUCUGAGGCUUUGAUAACGGUUGCAAAGGCUCUAAGAGGUACUGCUAAAGGAAAAGCAGUGGUUCAAGCCGUGGCUGAUGAAUGGAAACAAAAAUAUGAGUUGGAGAGGUCUAAGAACCUUGGCUUGCUUCGUCAAGCACCAUCCAGUAGCAAUAAUAGCAAGGGGAUGGAUCAUUUAGCCAAGUCUCCGAGGCUUCAUGUCCCGGAAAAUGGGAAAUUAGCAAGGUCUUCCUUUGAUAGUAUUUGCUCUCAUGAAAUGCUCCAAGAUUGUGAACAUAACAGUCCUUACAACAAAUUGAAGCGAAAGGCAUCGUUUAAGCUUUCAUGGGAAUGCAAGGGGCAGGCUAAUGAUCAACACAAGAAAGAGAUUGUCUCGUUUGAGGGUGGGAACAUCACUACACUAGACCGCAGUAGUAAACAGAUUUCACUGACAUGGGAGACAAAUCCAAAAAGUGUUAUGAUUUUCACUAAACCUGAUUCAACUCCUGUACAAGUUCUUUCUGUGGAAAUGGUCAGAUGGUUGAAAGAGCAGAAAGGACUAAUAAAUAUUUAUGUGGAACCAAGAGUAAAAGCACAACUUUUAUCGGUGUCAAGCUCCUUCAACUUUGUAAAAACUUGGAAAGAUGACGAAGAAAUCUCACUUCUACAGCCAAAGGUUGACCUUGUUAUAACUCUUGGUGGAGAUGGUACAGUACUAUGGGCAGCAUCGAGGUUUAAAAAAUCAGUGCCUCCAAUUGUCCCAUUUGCUAUGGGAUCUCUGGGAUUCAUGACUCCUUUCCACAGUAAACAAUACCAAAAUUGUCUUGAAAAGCUUUUGAAGGGUCCAAUCAGUUUAACACUGCGACACAGGUUGCAGUGUCACAUUGAAAAAGCAGCAAAGCCUGACUCCGAGAAAGAAGCAGCAAAGCCUGACUCCGAGACAGAAACAGCAAAGCCUGACUCCGAUAAAGUGGAGCAUACGCUUGUUCUGAAUGAAGUCACCAUUGACCGAGGGCAAUCUUCUUACCUCACAAACCUUGAAUGCUACUGCGACGACUCAUUUGUCACAUGUGUCCAAGGCGACGGACUAAUACUAUCUACAACUACUGGUAGCACCGCCUAUUCACUUGCAGCUGGCGGGUCAAUGGUCCAUCCACAGGUUCCUGGGAUCUUGUUCACACCUAUCUGUCCGCAUUCUCUGUCUUUCCGCCCACUGAUAUUACCAGACCACGUGUUAGUGAAAGUGAAAGUACCAGCCAACAGCAGAGGCUCUGCGUGGGUAUCGUUUGAUGGGAAAGACCGGAAAGAGCUUAAGUCAGGGGAUACACUAGUGUGUAGUAUGUCACAGUAUCCUGUCUCAACGGCUUGCCAGGAUGAAUCAAUUAAGGACUUCCUACGCAGCAUCCACGAUGGUCUUAACUGGAACCUAAGAAAGACCCAAGCUUCUGACGGCCCUCGUGACACUUAAAAAACAAAAUUUAUCAUCCAGCACUCCUUUCUUUUCAUCUAUCCAUUUCUCUGUCUGGUUGUAUCCAUUGUUUGUUGUAUUAUGUAUCUGUUAUGAGCAAUAAUUAUGUUAAUGUGAUGAUUUCAAAGUUAAUGAUUCAAAAAAGAUGUUUAUA